AUGGACUUGACCGAGACAAACCGCCAGAAAUUCGAGUACGAGCACCUUGUUGCCCAAUACGACUCCAAAGACUGGAUCAAGAAGCUGGGCAAUCUGAUCACCAAUGAGAUUCGGCGCCGCCUCGAUUGGUUUGGCGUAGACUGGGCAAAGGAACAUGAUAAGAGCAGAGAUGUUCGCCUCCUAGACUACGCCUGUGGCACUGGCUUAAUUUCCCGAGCUCUUGGCCCUUUUGUGACAACGAUCCGCGGGAUCGACCUGUCCUCCAACAUGGCUGCUGAGUACAAUUCUCGCGCCGUCGUUGCAGGCUUGAGCCCCGAACAAAUGUCCGCCACUCAGGGAAAUCUUGUCGCCAGUACACCCGAGGCCCAUCUAAUGGACCAAACCCUCUUUGAUUUCGAUCUUGCUGCUGUUGGACUCGGCUUCCAUCACUUCGAUGACGUCUUCCUGGCAACUAAGCGCAUCUCAGAGCGUUUGAAGCCGGGCGGGGUCUUCUUCAUCGUGGACCUAGUUUCCGAUAAGCCCCAUGAAAUACCGCCCGAGCUCAAGAACUACGUCAAAAUCUUUGGAUUCAACGAGGAGGGAAUGCGCAAUCUCUUCGAGGGAGCUGGGCUGGUCGACUUUGGCUUCAGUGUCAUAGAAGAACCCGCCCAGAUGGAGAAGCAGUCGGGGGAGAAGUUCACUGUGACACUGUUCAUCGCAAAGGGAAGGAAGCCUGCUCAAUAA